AGCCGCCCUGCUGGAACUGAUGUCUGCCGGCUGCACGUUUGCCUUUGCAAUAUGCAUUUUAGAAAUAAGUGUCCUGACAGCCGGGACCACUCCCAGUUACGACCCGGAGCCAGGGCAGAGCAGUGGCACACCACUGCCCAUCGACUGCAGGAUAAGCCCCUGGAGUGGAUGGUCAAAAUGUGACCCUUGCCUCAAACAAAUGUUUCGCUCAAGGAGCAUUGAGGCCUUUGGGCAGUUCGGUGGGCGGAAGUGCGCGGACGCCGUGGGAGACAUGAGGCAGUGCGAGCCCACGGAGGCCUGCGAAGACCCCGAGGACGACUGCGGCAAUGACUUCAGGUGUGAUACAGGCCGAUGCAUAAAGAGGCGACUUCUGUGUAACGGUGACGACGACUGUGGGGACUUUUCAGAUGAGGAUGCCUGUGAAAGUGAUCCUCGUCCCCCCUGCGGUGACAGAGUGGCUGAAGAGUCCGAGAUGGCACAGACAGCAGGCUACGGGGUCAACAUCCUAGGGGUGGAUCCCCUCGGCACGCCUUUUGACAACAAGUACUACAACGGGCUGUGUGACCGAGUUCGGGAUGGAAACACCCGGACGUACUACCGCAGACCCUGGAACGUGGUUUUGCUGGCCUAUGAAACCAAAGCUGAUAAAAAUUUCAAAUCUAAAUAUUAUGAAGGACAGAUUCAAGUAUUCAAAAGUAUCAUCCAAGAGACGAAAUCAAAUUUUAAUGCAGAUUUAACCAUAAAAUACACUCCUUUUAAAGCAAAUGUACCGAUUGAAAAACAAGAUCCAGAAGCUUCUAACAAAGAAAACCCCCAAAAUCCUUCAAGCGCCAAGGGUGACUUCCGGUUUACAUAUUCCAAAACCAGAACUUACCAACUGUUGUUGUCAUAUUCUUCUAAGCAGGAAAAAAUAUUCCUGCACGUAAGAGGAGAAAUUCAGCUGGGAAGAUUCGUGAUGCGAAAUCGGGGUGUCGUGCUGACAACAGCUUUCUUGGAUUCUGUGAAAGAUCUGCCAACUACCUAUGAAAAGGGGGAAUAUUUUGCAUUUUUGGAAACUUACGGAACCCACUACAGUAAAUCGGGUUCUCUAGGAGGAAUUUAUGAACUAAUAUAUGUUUUGAAUAAAGCUUCCAUGAAUCAGAAAGGUGUUGAACUAAGGGAUGUGCAGAGAUGCCUCGGGUUUAAUCUGGACUUGUCUCUGGAUGUUGUACAUGAAAUCAAAGGAAAGUUUAAUUCAGAAAAUUGUUUUAAGAGAAAUGAGAGUAGAAUUGAAAACAUCAUGGAUGACGACCUCAUAGACGACGUUAUAUCAUUCAUAAGAGGUGGAACCAGAAAAUAUGCCACUGAACUACAUGAGAAGCUUCUCAGAGGAGCCAGGAUGAUCAACGUGACUGACUUUGUCAACUGGGCCACUUCCUUAGAUGACGCUCCAGUGAUCAUAAAUCAAAAACUGUCUCCCAUAUAUGAACUGGUUCCAGUGAAAAUAAAAGAUGCACACUCAAAGAAACAAAAUUUGGAAAGAGCCAUUGAAGACUACAUCAGUGAAUUCAAUGUAAGGAAAUGUCAACCAUGCCAAAAUGGAGGGACUGUGAUUCUGCUGGACGGACAAUGUUUGUGUUCCUGCCCAAUCACGUUCCAGGGAAUCGCCUGUGAAAUCAGUAAACAGAAACUCUCGGAAGGAUUGCCAGUACCACACACACAUCCCCACCACCACGCCGAAAAAAGAGCUGUUGGUUUCCCUGAGAUCAUAUGGAAAGAAAAACACCAGGACCUUCCAGUUUAAGAGCCUGGCCCCAACAUAGUCCUUGCUGCCAUGAGCAACAUGCUUCAUGAAAAUCCUACCAAGCUCUGAAGUCUCCUCUCCUGGCUCUUAGAUCCAUGAUGUGUCUUUUCCUCCUUAAACUCUUAACGAUGUUUCCAUUUUUCAUUCCCUGCUGAGUAGAGUUAGCAGCCAAAUAUGCCGGGACAGCUUUCUCCCACAGGCAAUGCCAAUCCCUUACUAACAAAACAAAAUUAAAUUAAAAAGAGAAUGUUGGUUUAAAAGCCUUUCAAGUAA